UACCACACUCCUGAUACAGCAUCGUUGCUGUCGAUUUACGUCCAACGUAGCUACGAUGAACACGGGAUGAACAACAUUACCAUACAGAGUAUGCAUGGUGCAGAGUCAAGUUUAUCAGGAUUGGAUUGAAGUUUGUCAUUUCAACUGCUCAUAAAACGUGAGAUCUGGGUUACAGCAUCCUAAAGCGUUGAGAGUUGGGAUUGCAUUUACCGUUGAUUGUCUUCAUUCUACUUCGUCUCAUUAUGCGGAUCAUCUGGACUCCUUUUGGAAAAUAAUCACCAUCUAAAUAUAUCACUUAAAAAUGGCUGGAAUCUCGAAUUUAAAUGUGCCGGUUGUUCUUUUAUUUUCGUUUGCUAUUCUGCAGACAUCGGGCUACUUUGAUUCGAGUCGAAGUAGUGAUGCAUUCGGUCGUCGAUUCAUCGUUACCCUACCCAUUGAAGUGGAUACCAGUAUACGAAUGGUACAUAAUAUUUAUGUAUCAUCAAGAAGCAGCGAAAUUGUACAGGUAAGCGUCUCAAGACCAAAUACAUCAUGGACUAUUCCCAACGUAGCAAUCCAACCGGGCAUCGUAGCCAACAUCACCCUCAAUAUGACAGGAACACUCAGGAUUCCUUUCAAUCCUAAUGGAAUACCUAUCCAAAUCGAUUCACAACAUGACAUCGGUGUGUGGGUCAUCCCCGGUCGUGGGGAUUCAGUUCUAGGUGGUUACCGGGCGAUCCCAAUGGAGGCACUUGCUCAACAUUAUGUUUCCGUUAUGUACCCGUCUUCCGCUUUUUCAUCAGAGGUCAUUCUAUUUAAUCCUCUCAAUGAAAGCAAUGAAAUCAACAUCUAUCAUCAAAAUACAGAUAUGACAAUAACAAUUGACAACGUCACGAGAGCGGUCCACACUAUUCCUGAUAUCCCUAACUUGUUGACAAUCCCGAAAGUGGAUUCGGCAAAGAUUUCCUCUUCUUCAGAUCUGAGCGGAUUAAAGAUAUCAGCUGCGAAGGCUAUGUGGGUGACGUCUGGUCGAAAUUGCAGUAGGUCUCCUCAAGCUUGUAAUGACCUCUUGGAGCAGCCAACUCCACUUGGAGCAUGGGGACAGUCGUUCGUCAUCGUUCCGCAGAUCACCAACGGGCCAUCCAUCAUGAAACUUAGAAUCAUUACAGCCUUUCUACACAUUGAUACUACAGUGUCUACAUACACCACAUCAGGAUUACUCAUGAAAAACUGGACAUUGACAGAAAAGGCGGUGUUUAAAGAUAUCAAUGUCACACAAGGUAGACUAUUCACGAUUAGAGCCAACAAACCCAUUAUGGUCACCCAGUUCUAUACGGACAAGCAAAGAAGGUUAGACUAUGCUGCCAUGUCUAAUAUUCCACCUGUUGAGCAAUUCACUAAUCGAACAGUUGUCUUCCCUGCUCAGAACGAUCGUAUAUUUAAUAACACACUGGUGGUAAUAACUCGAUGUGAGCACAGAAAAGACAUUCUCCUCAACAACAAAGAUAUCUCAAACAAUUAUUCAGUAAGUGUAAACUUUAAUUCGAUGCAAAACUCUUCCGUGCACGGGGCAUACUGUGUUUUCAACACCACAUUAGUAUCAGGGUCGAAUCCUGGAUCACAUACUUUGAAACUCAGAAGUAAUGCUAAUAUUGGCGCUGUCUAUUCAGCCAUUGUGUAUGGCGUAGGUACAAAGGAAGCCUAUGCCUACCAGGUAGCUUCAGAUCUACAGGAGAUUGUAUGUGGUAUGGAAGGUGGCCACGUUAGUUUAUGUGAAUUCUAUAUUCCUCCAGAUUACAUCACGCCUUCCAUGAACGAUACAAAUAAUCCUACAGGUGGAUCUGAGGAUACGAAUAACACAAACAGACACAAUCACACCAUUGCCGUUGUCAUAGUGUUAGUCAUUCUCUCAUCUCUAGCAAUAAUCAUCAUCGUGAUCGUCGUCCUGGGGAGUUGUGCCAAGGACAAGGGACCAAGGGUGGCGUGGCGGAGAUUGCAGAACACGGAGAUGCAUUACGAUCCAUCGUACGAUGAAGAUAAUGUGGAGUGCAAUGGGCAUAUAGUGCGUGUUUUAGGUUGAUUAUAAUAUAUUAAACAGCCGGGUUCAUUAUUAUCAUAAUUUUUUUAGGGGGGUCACGUUUAGGAAAUUAUGGACUAAUAAUUACCAAAAAAAGAAAUAAUCUCCAGAGGCAUUUUUUUUUGGGGGGGGGGGUAUGGUUCAGUUGAUUAUAUUUUUCAAUUUAACAGAUUAGCGGAUCAAGAGGCCUUGGAAGAUCAAGCCCCCUCCCCUAUCUUCAUUAUUUUGUUUUUCCUUUUUCAGUUAAUAUUUCAAUAAUAUUUUACAGAGACAUAUAGGUAAACCCCGGAAGUAAUCUCCCCCUCCUAUUAUUUCAAGAUUCAAGUAUAUGAUUAUUGAGCUCUCCCAUAUUGCACUAUAUAGCGCUUUAUGAGUCAUAUUAUUAUCAUUAACAGAUAAGGAAAAGUCAUGAAGAUUUAAAAUGUGGAUCAAUAGACCUUUACAAUCCAUCUGGUUCUAACUUAGUUUGCCCAUUCGUGAGGAAAUAAAUCACUUUGUUUUCAUAAUGCAUCUCAUCAUUCCUUUUGAGAAUGUGUAAAUUUUAAUAUUUCAACUUUUCUUCCGAUCUCGUAAAACAUGAUUACGACUCUACGUGGAACACCUUCACGGAAUCUAGUCGUCAUGGAAAACAAAAUCAUUAAUAACGUAGUGCUUGCAAUUCAAUGAAAAUCGGUUUACAAGCAAUAAUGAGUGCAUUUGUCACAUUGUCGGUAUACCAUCUGUGUUUUAACAAUCACUGUGGGUUACGUCUGAUGUUAUUGAAACGUUUAGUUUAACAAUUGUUUAAAUUAACUUUCCAUAUUCAUGAAAAUCAUCUAGUGUUGUGGUCGACGUGACCUUUGCCAUUGAACAAAAACAAAACAAUAAUACCGGACAGGAUGUCAUGAUUUGGACUGGAAGAAUGGUGUAGUCCAAUAUACGAUGUCAUGAUUUCAUGUUAAACUGAACUUGAAGAAUAUAUAAAUAAGUAAAAUGAGACGUGCAAGUUCAUGAAUGUAUGGAUAUAUUUGUAUACAUCUGAACCAAAUAAUUAUUUCUGUUAAACAUCCCUGUUCAAAUUGACAUGGCCUGUUGAGGCCACACUCCAUUCCCUUCUAAAUAUAAGGUCUGAUGUGAGGGAGAAGGGUCAAGUCAUUUCUGACCCUGAAUGGAAUGUGUCCAUAACAGACCCUUUAUCUAUUUAGAGUCUAUAUUGUAUUAUCUCUAAAUAUUACUUUGUAAAUUUCAUCAGUGUAAAAUGAAAUGUGUGUGAUUUAUAUAACAAUGUCCGGAAUUGAAAAUAUAUAAUUUAUUUAGCCUUUAUUAUAUGUGUAUUGAAAAUAAAUGAAAACGAAAUGCGAU